GGACAGUGUCGGCAGGGAUCACGCAGGGUUCCUCUGAAUGGAGCCAUUGUGGACGUCGGUGCUGCUCUUCCUGGGCCUUCUCACCGGGACCUGUGAGGGUCAGGCCCGACCAUGGAGGCCAUGCACAGAUCUGUUGCCGCUCGACUUCCUGUCUCGGGUUCUUCCAGGGGGCGGGAAGGCCCUUAGUGGCCUACGUGUGGUCCAGGACCAGGGGGCCAAAGGCCUGCAGCUGGCCGGGCCACAUGAGGCACUCAGCUUCCCCUCCUCACAGAUUUUCAUAAAUUGUCACUUGUUUCCCACUGAGUUCUCCAUUGUGGUCACGCUCAAGGUCUCCCACGUAGCACCCAAGAAGAAUGAGUACAUUUUCACACUGGUGGAGGAGAAGUCGGACAGGCUGCUGCUGGGCCUACGCUACUCCCGAGACAGGCUUCACUUCCUGUUCCUGGGCCCAGCCGGGCGAGAGAAGCUCACCUUCAGGGCCGUACAGCUGGUGGACAACCAGUGGCACACCCUGGUGCUGUCAAUCACUGGCCAUUAUGUCACACUCACCAUGGACUGUGGAAUACCUCUGGAGCUGCUGCAGGAGAGGCCUUUCCCCCCGACUGUCAGUACUGAGGGAUCCAGGUUCUACAUCGGAAACCGAAGACGAUGGAAAGGAUUGUUUUCAGGGCUGAUGCGACAGCUGGUUCUGUUGCCCGGGUCUGAUGCUACCUCACGAAUAUGCCCAUCUUCCAACCCCAAUCUUGCCAUACUCUCCGUCCCCUCUGCCCUGCUGCACCUGCCUGCCCAACCAUCCGAACAUGAAGUUCUGAAGUUUCCCUAUGAGGCCAGUGUGCGGGUGACUCUGGGAACACUGCCCUCCUGUACCAAGAGUGAACGGGGCCAGCUGUGGUUCGAUACACUGAAGAGGGGCCUCUUCAUCUGUGAUGGUGUGGCUUGGGUUCCCCUGCUGGAAGGGAGACAGAGGCUGGACUAUGUCGAGGAUUACCAAGACCUCUACACAAACUCCAAGACAUUUGACAUUGAGGUUUUCCAAAUCCCAUCAGAGGGACUUUUUGCUGCAAUGGCAGACUGGGAGUCUAAUCCUGGCUCUGUGAUAUACAAGUGGAUUGAUGGGAAGUUUGAACCAUACCAGAACAUCAGUACCUUCCAAGCCCAAGCCUGGAAAUACUUCACAGUGGGCAACAAGAUGUUCUUGGCAGUUGCCAAUUCAAGAGGGAAGGAUCAGGAGGCUCAGGAGCUGUCUGUGAUCUACAAGUGGAGCCCAAGGAAAAAGAAGUUCCUUCCCUACCAGACACUGGAGACGCACAGCGCGCGGGACUGGGAGGCCUUCACCAUCCAGGGAGAGGCCUUCCUCGCUGUGGCCAAUCACAGACAAGGGGAACGCAACCAUAAUAUUAAUAGUGUCAUCUACAAGUGGAACCCAGGAAGCAAGGUGUUUGAAGUGAACCAGACAAUCCAAACCUCAGGGGCCUACGACUGGGAAUUCUUUACCAUAGGUCCUUACCAUUUCCUUGUGGUGGCCAACACUUUCAACGGUAUCUCGACACACGUCGACUCCAUAAUCUACAUCUGGUUAGAAGGAAUGUUCAAGCCCUUCCAGGCCAUCUCGACCUUUGGAGCAACAGAUUGGGAGAUGUUCCAGAUUGGGAACAGGGUCUUCUUGGCAGUGGCUAAUGGCCAGAAGUUUUAUGAAAACGUCCCCAGCCUCUAUGCAAUUAAUUCCACCAUCUACGAGCUCAGUACAACAACGAAGACGUUCCUCAAAUUUCAGGAUAUUGUAACCUACAGUGCGGUUGACUGGGAGUUUUUUACAAUGGGAGAUGAAAAGUUUCUGGUGGUAGCCAAUUCCUUCGACGGGACUUCCCACUCAUUAAACAGUGUCAUAUACAGGUGGCAGGGAUAUGAGGGCUUUGUUCCCAUUCACCGGUUGCCUACCACCGGGUGCAUAGACUGGGAGUUCUUCACCUCCACGGAGGGCUCCUACCUCAUGUACUCCAGUGCCACGCAGCCCCUCUCCAAGGUCUUCAGGCUGAAGACGUACUGAGGAGGUCAGCUGGUCACCCUUCCCCCGUGCGCUCCAACGAACCGGGCCAGUGAUUCACAUGACUGGGGCCGAGACAGAGACCUGGGACUGACUAUGAGCAGACUGGCAGGGAAGAGGAGUCUUUGCAACGCUCGGGAACUUGAUAUGCUGGUACCACCCCAAAACUGUACAACUGUACCAUGCCUGUGGUUUGGACCACAUGUCAGCUCAAGCUAGGUUUUGAAACAGCUGGUAGCUGGUUGACCAGUUCAGACUAGCUCCCAGCUUGACACGGUUUGAGCAGCAUAAGCUAUGUUUUAACAGCUGGUAGCAUGGUUGACCAGCUCAUACCCAGCUAGACCAGCUUCAUGACUAGCUUGGCCAUGCUGGUUGACCAGCUCAUACCCAGCUAGACCAGGUCAUGACCAACUUUACCAGCUCAAUUUUCAAGCUGGUCAAGCUGGCAUAUUUGGAUUUUACAGCAGGGGGUCUCAUCACACAUACUAUAUUUCAUGUUUCAGUGAAGCCAUUGGAAUCUACAGCUGAAUGUUGAACAGAGUAAUGAGCCCAGGAGUGGAGAUAAAUGAGAAAGUAACAAAGGCUCUUUCACGCUUAUGUAUGCCCUGUAAGAACUGUAAGGACAGAGAGCAGUGGGAAACAGUGCAUUCACACAGAAAUGACUUCAGCCCAGCCUUUUCCAUUGGAAUAAUUUACGAGAAUACUCUUGUGUGUGAUAUUUGAAGCUUGUGCUCAAGCGAACAUGCAACCUUAAAAUAAUAAUGCUAUGUUUAAAUAUAAGAAAAGGUGCGGCACUCGCUUGUCUGUCGAAAGAUAUAGGUUCAAUUUAUUAUGAAAUAAUAUUUUAGGAUUUCUAUUUUUGUAACAGUAUAAUGAUAUUUUAUUUAAUAAUGAAGUAAACUUUAAAUGAGGAUCUGUCACCCCAGUUCUUAUAAUUAUAUGCAAUGUACAAUGUUGAAAGAAGACUUUUUUUUUUUUUAUCAAUUGAUUAAGAAUACUUCCAUUAAUAUGAUCUAAUAUUUAAUUACGUACACACACACACACACACACACACACACACACACACAGUGGUCACUUUAUUAGGUAUACCUACUUGUUUAUGCAUACCCUGCUCAUCCAAACAGCACAUAAUGUGGUUGCAACUCAAUAUGAUUCCUUCCAGCAAGAUAAUGCACAAAAUGCUGCAAAGCACAGAAUACCUCCAGCUGGAUCCACUAACUUGCCGGACUUUAUCUCACAGCAAUGGCCUGCACAAUCCUCAGAUCUCAAUCCAAUAGCACAUCUUUGGGAUGAGUGGAACUGGAGAUUCACAGCAUGAGGCUGAAAAAACUGCAGGAACUGCUUGAUGCUACCAAGUCUACAUGGACCAAAAUCCCCAAGGAAUGUUUCCAGCACUGCAAGUAGUAGUCAGGCUGGAGGCAAAAUGGGGUCAUACCUAGAUAAUACCUAAUAAAGUGCCCACUGAGUAACACAAGUACUGUAUAUUCUUCCUGUGUUACUGCAGUCCUUCUAUGAUAAGCUACUUGGAAUGGUGUAAUUCCUGCAACCUCUAUUUGUGACGUCCAUAUGGGUUUUAAUGUUAAUAAUGUUUGCUCCAGCUGCAAAAUGCCAAGAUACUGUACAUAUGUCGCCCUGCUGAGAUACAAGUCACCUAUUGAGAAAUCCUUAUCCAUCAUUCCACAAGAGUCAUCUAAAAUAAUCAUUUCAUUGUUACCAAUUAUGUAAUAUUGCAUAUUCAUGCAAAGUUGGUCUCAUGGGUGCUAACAUUCAUUUUUGUCAUGAGUAUAAACUGUGAAUGGCAACGUUAAUGUUUACCUGCCACUGAAUAUGAGAGUUUUGGCUUAAAAAUGUAUUGCAUUCUUGAGAGAAAAUAAGGACUGUGGAUCGGGGAUUGUUUCAAUGUAGUGAUGCACCGGGUGGUCUGGAACUGAACAAAGACCGUGCCAGUGCUGAGUGUGGCUGGGACGUCUCGUUGGGCAGUGAGUAAUCGGCCAUAACGUCACCAUGGGAAACGAGGUUUGAGCCGGCGGGCCGCAUACUGCAGUGGCUCAUGAGGGACAUUCCUGCAACACAAUGACUGUGCAGUCUGGAUCAAGGACUGGAAAGGGAAACAAAGCAGCUUCCAGUACUGCCCGUGGCAAAAAAGACCUGCGUCUGACUGCAUUUGCCAAAUUGGCGGGCAAUGUUUUGGCCCAUGAAAAUAUGGGAGAUAAAAAAAGACUUUUGAGGCAGAAAUAACCAGACACUGUGAUG